AUGUCAAACUGUGUAGUGGAAGGCUGCCACAACAGGGCAGGAGAGCUUGGGCUUUCUUUCUAUAGAUUUCCUGUCGAUCCUGAAAGAAGAAAGAGGUGGAUAGCCGCCGUCAACAGAGGUGUAUGGAGUCCAAGUGACCAUUCGCGACUCUGCAGUGCACAUUUUAUUUCCGGGGGGAAAAGCAAUGACUUUCUGUCGCCAGACUUUGUGCCCAGUUUGUUUGAGCACAUCACACCACCCAGCAGAGAGGAAAGACAAAGAGCCAUGGACCGCUAUAAAAGAACCAAGACCAGAUUGUCGAGGAAACGUGCCUUUCUCAGAGAUGGAUUGAGUGAUAAAAAGGGAACACCAAAACUGGCCAAGUAUACGCCACCCCUCCGACCAGUUUGUAGUAAAACUGCAAGUUUGUCUACACAAACAGAAGAAACAAUGUUUUCAUCACUUGACAUGUUAGCUACCGAGUCAAGAAUGAGAGAACUUGAAGAUGAAAGCAGCACACUGUCAAAACAGCUUCAUUGCCUCAAGCAAGAAAAUACAGAGCUUAAGAAGAAACUUGAAAACUCUGAGAAAGAACAACAUGCUGUUACCUUUGAUCCAGAUGUCGUUAACACACACAGUACAGGGAGCUUCAACAAUUUGUUUGUUUAUUAUACUGGCUUAUCUUAUGUUAUGUUCAUGACAUUAUUAAAUUUUCUUAUUCCUGAUCCUCAUAAUAGCCCUAUUCAUUAUUCUGAAACUAGACGUGAGAUUCAGAACUUCACUCUGAAACAGCAGCUUUUCCUAGUUCUUUGUAGACUAAGAAUUGGAUUUCAUUUGAAGGACAUUGCUUUUAGGACUCGUGUGAAGCCACAGACAAUUGGUACUAUAUUUAGUAGCUGGAUUAAAUUCAUGUAUGCAAAACUCGGAUUCUUGUCUUUUUGGCCUCACAGAGAUGUUCUUGUCAGCAAAAUGACACCUGAAUACAAAAAGAAGUUCUCGAACUCCUUGGCUAUCAUAGAUGGAACUGAAAUAAGACUUGAGAGACCAUCAUCAUUGAAACAUCAGAGUCAGUGUUUCUCAGAUUAUAAAUCAACCAAUACACUAAAAUCACUAGUUGUGGUCGAUUCACGAGGAUCCGUUAUGUUCCUCUCUGAGCUGUUCUCUGGCUCAAUAUCAGACAAUCGGAUCUGUGAGGACAGUGGGUUUUACGAUUUGUUGGGCAGUUACAAGAAGUUGGGUUUAAUUAAAGAAGGUGAUGCGAUAAUGGCCGACAAAGGUUUUCACAUUGAAGAACAUCUGAAUAAAUUAGGACUUCAGUUGAAUGUGCCUCCGUAUGCAUCAGCAACCUCACAAAUGAGGCCAGAAGAUGUGAAAAAAACACGACAAAUUGCUGCCCACAGAAUACAUGUAGAGAGGGCCAUUAACAGAAUCAAGAGAUUCCAAAUUGUUGGCAGAAGAGUUCCAAUAAGCCUGUGUCAUCAAAUUAAUGAAAUAUGGUUUGUGUGUGGUGUGCUUACCAACUUCCAAGAUACAUUGGUUAGAUUGUAGGUAAUGCUUUAAUCUGUUUCCUUCAUUUACACAGAGAAGCUUGGUAAUUGUUGACUCUUUUGACAAGGUGAAUAAUGGGGUUAAUUUCAGCUGAAAAGUGGGUUCCAAAUUCAAAGAAAUUCAGCAAGCACUCCAAGGGUAAAGGUUUCUUGUACUUCUUUGUUAGUCUUAAAGGUACACCAAAUUGUAAAGCUGAAAAUUUUGAUUUGAAACCUUGAAUUUUGAGGAUUUGGUAAGCACAAAGUAAUAAUAUAUUUGUGUAACUCUACUAACAUGAAAUGGAAGAGCUGAGCCAAUUUGGAUAUGGCCUAUCGAUGUUUUUGUCGUAACUCGAUGUGCAUCCAGGAGAUACGCAAGAGGGGUUGAUGCACAGCUCCUAAGCAGGUCAAUUUCUUCUUUGGUUGGAGGUGUGAAUCUGUGGUGUUGAACAAAAUAUAGAUUUAAAAAAAAAUGUA